ACAGUUCACAAUGAAGUUUGUUCAAUUAAGUCUCUUGCUCUGCAGUUUGCUCUUCUUGAGCUCAUUUCGUCAAGCCGCUGCUAUAGAUGUGGACGUAUUGGGCACCUGUUCUCAGGUGAUAGCUGAGGGAGCGAGCGCGUUUAUUCCUCAGAUUGUGCCAAUGAUAAAGGGUUUGGCGGAAUGUGCUCAGUUCAGGCCACAGAAAACCAAGGGCAUUACCUUUCAAAUGCUGCUAAUGAUGACCUUUCAGUUUCUACAAAAGGCUGCUGGCAAUCAACAGUGCUUGCUAAAAGUUAUCAAUAGGACGAAGGAACUGAUAAUGCCACACGCUGCAAUCUUCAUGAUGCAAGGAUGCGCUCCGGUCAUCUAAGGCAACAACAUUAUGUAAAUAACAUAAUUAAGCAAUAAAAGAAAGGCAUGACACUA